AUGUCCGCCGCCGUCGCUCCUUUUCCCCCCUUUCAUGAAGGGAAUAUAAAGAACUGGUUCCUGCAAAUGGAAGCUAUCUUUACAGUCAGAAGGAUUACUGACCAAAAGACUAAGUUUGGCCACGUGGUGGCGGUUUUGCCACCCGCCAUUGUUGAUGAGGUCUCAGACUUCCUAGAAGCCGUUCCUGAAGUAGAACCCUACGCCCGCUUGUGGCUGGACCGUCUCCCCACCACCAUUACCCAAAUUUUGGCGCCAAUGUCCGAAAACACCUCGAUCGAUCAAUUAGCGGACGCCGCUGAUCGUAUUUUCUCGCAACUGGAUAAUCAGACAAUGCCAGUACACAGUGCUGAAGCGACUAGGGACGACAGCUCCUUGGAAAAAACAGUCGAGGACUUGCAGCGCCAAGUUAAAGAUUUAACAUUAGCUCUAAAAAGCCAGGGUCGAAGCCGGUUCCCUUCCCGCCGGCGCUUCAGAAGUCGACCACGCUCGUCAAGUCGGAACAAGGAUGCCACUCCUACUAUGUGUUACUACCACCGACGAUAUGGGUCUAAAGCUCAUUACUGCGUCAAGCCGUCUGUGACCACACCACCAGUUUCUUCCUCUUUUAUUCAGGACUUACGCCUUAAAAUGGCAAACUUAUGCUAUACACCACCGCGGCACUGCCCGAGUGAUAUCUAUUUACCGCACCAGCUCAAGGACUGCGAAUUUGUAUUUGUACGUAAUGACUCUGUUAAGCGGCCUCUUACGCCGGCCUACACAGGCCCAUUCCGCGUUCUUAAACGCGCGGACAAAUAUUUCCAAAUACAGAAAGGUAUUCACACCGACAACGUUUCAAUAGAUCGGUUGAAACCUGCCUUUAUAGAGAAACCGUCGUCUCAUACUACUUCCCAAUCAACUCCGCAAGUUCAGGAGAAUUUCAAGACACCUGUUUCUCUCGACAAAGCCUAA